UUCAAUUAUGGCAAAAUCUAACUUGGCUCUUCUACUUGCUUUAAAGAAUGCAUCUGGACUAAUUAUCCAAAGAGGUAUUAAGGGGUUGCCUCAAACCAUCCCGUUCUCUGCUGAGGUGUCCCGUCCCCACAUUACCAAGGAGUCUAGUGCUGCACUUGCUGAAUUAACUAGAAAGUUGAGGCCAUCAGGGUGUCUAUCUGAGGAAAUUGACCUGUCAACUAAGAAUGUGAAGCAGAGUGGGUCUGGAUCCCUUACGUUGGUGUCUAGUCCCCAGCCAACUGAGAAGCUGACUGCAUCUGGUUCCCUCACUGUUGUAUCCAACCCCCAGCCAACUGAGAAGCUCACUGAAUCUGGUUCCCUUACUGUGGUAUCAAGCCCCCGGCCAACAGAGAAGCUGACUGAAUCUGGUUCCCUUACUGUGGCGCUUGGCCCCCGGCCGACUGAGAAGCUGACUGAAUCUGGUUCCCUCACUGUGGCGCUUGGCCCCCGGCCAACUGAGAAGCUGACUGAAUCUGGUUCCCUUACUGUGGUUUCCAACCCCCAGCCAACUGAGAAGCUGACUGAAUCUGGUUCCCUCACUGUGGUAUCCAGCCCCCGGCCAACUGAGAAGCUGACUGAAUCUGGUUCCCUUACUGUGGUGCUCGGACCCCAGCCAACUGAGAAGCUAACAGAAUCUGGUUCCCUCACUGUGGUAUCCAGCCCCCGGCCAACUGAGAAGCUGACUGAAUCUGGUUCCCUUACUGUGGUGCUUGGACCCCAGCCAACAGAGAAAGUGAAAGAAUCUGGUUCCCUUACUGUGGUGCUUGGACCCCAGCCAACUGAGAAGCUAACAGAAUCUGGUUCCCUCACUGUGGUAUCCAGCCCCUGGCCAACUGAGAAGCUGACUGAAUCUGGUUCCCUCACAGUUGUAUCCAACCCCCAGCCAACUGAGAAGCUGACUGAAUCUGGUUCUCUCACUGUGGUGCUUGGACCACAGCCAACUGAGAAGCUAACAGAAUCUGGUUCCCUCACAGUUGUAUCCAACCCCCAGCCAACUGAGAAGCUAACAGAAUCUGGUUCCCUCACAGUUGUAUCCAACCCCCAGCCAACUGAGAAGCUCACUGAAUCUGGUUCUCUCACUGUGGUGCUUGGACCACAGCCAACUGAGAAGCUAACAGAAUCUGGUUCCCUCACAGUUGUAUCCAACCCCCGGCCAACUGAGAAGCUGACUGAAUCUGGUUCCCUCACUGUGGCGCUUGGCCCCCGGCCAACUGAGAAGCUGACUGAAUCAGGUUCCCUCACUGUGGUAUCCAGCCCCCGGCCAACUGAGAAGCUGACUGAAUCUGGUUCCCUUACUGUGGUGCUCGGACCCCAGCCAACUGAGAAGCUAACAGAAUCUGGUUCCCUCACUGUGGUAUCCAGCCCCCGGCCAACUGAGAAGCUGACUGAAUCUGGUUCCCUUACUGUGGUGCUUGGACCCCAGCCAACUGAGAAGCUAACAGAAUCUGGUUCCCUCACUGUGGUAUCCAGCCCCCGGCCAACUGAGAAGCUGACUGAAUCUGGUUCCCUCACAGUUGUAUCCAACCCCCAGCCAACUGAGAAGCUGACUGAAUCUGGUUCUCUCACUGUGGUGCUUGGACCACAGCCAACUGAGAAGCUAACAGAAUCUGGUUCCCUCACAGUUGUAUCCAACCCCCAGCCAACUGAGAAGCUAACAGAAUCUGGUUCCCUCACAGUUGUAUCCAACCCCCAGCCAACUGAGAAGCUCACUGAAUCUGGUUCUCUCACUGUGGUGCUUGGACCACAGCCAACUGAGAAGCUAACAGAAUCUGGUUCCCUCACAGUUGUAUCCAACCCCCGGCCAACUGAGAAGCUGACUGAAUCUGGUUCCCUCACAGUUGUAUCCAACCCCCAGCCAACUGAGAAGCUCACUGAAUCCGGUUCCCUUACUGUGGUGCUUGGACCCCAGCCAACAGAGAAAGUGACAGAAUCUGGUUCCCUUACUGUGGUGCUUGGACCCCAGCCAACUGAGAAGCUAACAGAAUCUGGUUCCCUCACUGUGGUAUCAAGCCCCCGGCCAACUGAGAAGCUGACUGAAUCUGGUACCCUUACUGUGGUGCUUGGACCCCAGCCAACUGAGAAGCUGACUGAAUCUGGUUCCCUUACUGUGGUUUCCAACCCCCAGCCAACUGAGAAGCUAACAGAAUCUGGUUCCCUCACUGUGGUAUCCAGCCCCCGGCCAACUGAGAAGCUGACUGAAUCUGGUUCCCUCACUGUGGUGCUCGGACCCCAGCCAACAGAGAAAGUGAAAGAAUCUGGUUCCCUUACUGUGGUGCUUGGACCCCAGCCAACUGAGAAGCUGACUGAAUCUGGUUCCCUCACAGUUGUAUCCAACCCCCAGCCAACCGAGAAGCUGACUGAAUCUGGUUCCCUCACUGUGGUGCUUGAACCCCAGCCAACUGAGAAGCUAACAGAAUCUGGUUCCCUCACUGUGGUAUCAAGCCCCCGGCCAACUGAGAAGCUGACUGAAUCUGGUUCCCUUACUGUGGUGCUUGGACCCCAACCAACUGAGAAGCUGACUGAAUCUGGUUCCCUCACAGUUGUAUCCAACCCCCAACCAACUGAGAAGCUGACUGAAUCUGGUUCCCUCACUGUGGUGCUUGAACCCCAGCCAACUGAGAAGCUAACAGAAUCUGGUUCCCUCACUGUGGUAUCAAGCCCCCGGCCAACUGAGAAGCUGACUGAAUCUGGUUCCCUUACUGUGGUGCUUGGACCCCAACCAACUGAGAAGCUGACUGAAUCUGGUUCCCUCACAGUUGUAUCCAACCCCCAGCCAACUGAGAAGCUGACUGAAUCUGGUUCUCUCACUGUGGUGCUUGGACCACAGCCAACUGAGAAGCUAACAGAAUCUGGUUCCCUCACAGUUGUAUCCAACCCCCAGCCAACUGAGAAGCUGACUGAAUCUGGUUCCCUCACAUGUGUAUCCUACCCCCAGCCAACUGAGAAGCUGACUGAAUCUGGUUCUCUCACUGUGGUGCUUGGACCACAGCCAACUGAGAAGCUAACAGAAUCUGGUUCCCUCACAGUUGUAUCCAACCUCCAGCCAACUGAGAAGCUGACUGAAUCUGGUUCCCUUACUGUGAAGUCAAGCGCACUGUCUGCUGCUUGUCCUGUCUCUGUGGCAUCCAGCCCUCUCCCUACAGAAAAACUGAACCACUCUGUUUCUCUCACUUUGUCUAGCCCCCAGCCAACUGAGAAGCUGACUGAAUCCGGGUCCCUCACUGUGGUGCUUCAACCCCAGCAAACUGAGAAGCUGACUGAAUCUGGUUCGCUCACUGUGGUGCUCGGACCCCAGCAAACUGAGAAGCUGACAGAAUCUGGUUCGCUCACUGUGGUGCUCGGACCCCAGCCAACUGAGAAGCUGGCUGAAUCUGGUUCCCUCACUGUGGCGCUUGGCCCCCAGCCAACUGAGAAGCUGACUGAAUCUGGUUCCCUCACUGUGGCGCUUGGGCCUCAGCCAAGUGAGAAGCUGGCUGAAUCUGGUUCCCUCACUGUGGCGCUUGGUCCCCAGCCAACUGAGAAGCUGACUGAAUCUGGUUCCCUCACUAUGGCGGUUGGGCCCCAGCCAACUGAGAAGCUGACUGAAUCUGGUUCCCUCACUGUGGCGCUUGGCCCCCAGCCAACUGAGAAGCUGACUGAAUCUGGUUCCCUCACUGUGGCGCUUGGGCCUCAGCCAACUGAGAAGCUGGCUGAAUCUGGUUCCCUCACUGUGGCGCUUGGCCCCCAGCCAACUGAGAAGCUGGCUGAAUCUGGUUCCCUCACUGUGGCGCUUGGGCCUCAGCCAACUGAGAAGCUGGCUGAAUCUGGUUCCCUCACUGUGGCGCUUGGCCCCCAGCCAACUGAGAAGCUGGCUGAAUCUGGUUCCCUCACUGUGGUGCUUGGGCCUCAGCCAACUGAGAAGCUGACUGAAUCUGGUUCCCUCACUGUGGCGCUUGGCCCCCAGCCAACUGAGAAGCUGGCUGAAUCUGGUUCCCUCACUGUGGUGCUUGGGCCUCAGCCAACUGAGAAGCUGGCUGAAUCGGGUUCCCUCACUGUGGCGCUUGGGCCUCAGCCAACUGAGAAGCUGGCUGAAUCUGGUUCCCUCACUGUGGCGCUUGGGCCUCAGCCAACUGAGAAGCUGGCUGAAUCUGGUUCCCUCACUGUGGCGCUUGGGCCUCAGCCAACUGAGAAGCUGGCUGAAUCUGGUUCCCUCACGGUGGCGCUUGGCCCCCAGCCAACUGAGAAGCUGGCUGAAUCUGGUUCCCUCACGGUGGCGCUUGGCCCCCAGCCAACUGAGAAGCUGGCUGAAUCAGGUUCCCUCACUGUGGUGCUUGGGCCUCAGCCAACGGAGAAGCUGGCUGAAUCAGGUUCCCUCACUGUGGCUCUUGGCCCCCAGCCAACUGAGAAGCUGACUGAAUCUGGUUCCCUCACUGUGGCGCUUGGCCCCCAGCCAACUGAGAAGCUGGCUGAAUCUGGUUCCCUCACUGUGGCGCUUGGCCCUCAGCCAACUGAGAAGCUGACUGAAUCUGGUUCCCUCACUGUGGCGCUUGGCCCUCAGCCAACUGAGAAGCUGACUGAAUCUGGUUCCCUCACUGUGGCGCUUGGCCCUCAGCCAACUGAGAAGCUGACUGAAUCUGGUUCCCUCACUGUGGCGCUUGGGCCCCAGCCAACUGACAAGCUGACUGAAUCUGGUUCCCUCACUGUUGUGCUUGGCCCCCAGCCAACUGAGAAGCUGGCUGAAUCAGGUUCCCUCACUGUGGUGCUUGGGCCUCAGCCAACUGAGAAGCUGGCUGAAUCAGGUUCCCUCACUGUGGCUCUUGGCCCCCAGCCAACUGAGAAGCUGACUGAAUCUGGUUCCCUCACUGUGGCGCUUGGCCCCCAGCCAACUGAGAAGCUGGCUGAAUCUGGUUCCCUCACUGUGGCGCUUGGCCCUCAGCCAACUGAGAAGCUGACUGAAUCUGGUUCCCUCACUGUGGCGCUUGGCCCUCAGCCAACUGAGAAGCUGACUGAAUCUGGUUCCCUCACUGUGGCGCUUGGGCCUCAGCCAACUGAGAAGCUGACUGAAUCUGGUUCCCUCACUGUGGCGCUUGGGCCCCAGCCAACUGACAAGCUGACUGAAUCUGGUUCCCUCACUGUGGCGCUUGGCCCUCAGCCAACUGGGAAGCUGACUGAAUCUGGUACCCUCACUGUUGUGCUUGGCCCCCAGCCAACUGAGAAGCUGGCUGAAUCUGGUUCCCUCACUGUGGCGCUUGGCCCUCAGCCAACUGAGAAGCUGACUGAAUCUGGUUCCUUGUUUGUGGUGUCCAGCCCACUGUCUACUGGGAAGCUUGCGGAGUCUGGGUCACUUGUGCUGUCUGGCCCUCUACCAACUGACAAGUCAACUGAAACUGCUUCCUCGGUGUCUAGCCCACCUGCUACUGGGAAGCUGACUGAAUCUGGUUCUCUUUCUGUGGUUUCUAGCCCACUCACUACUGGGAAGCUCACAGAGUCUAGUUCCUUUGUAUUGUCUGGCUCUCUCCCUGCUGAGAAACUAACUGAAUCUGGGUAUUUCUCUGUGGUGUCCAGCCCACCUAAUACCGGAGAACUGACUGAAUCUGGCUCUCUGUAUUUGGUAUCCAACCCACUCACUACUGGAAAGAUGACUGAAUCUGGUUCAUUUGAAAUUUCUGGCCAUUUUCCUGUCAAGUCCAAGUCUGGCUCUCACCAUCCUCAUGCAUUUUGGAAGAAGGUAAAGUCUAGAUUUCACCCCAAUGACAAGUCAGCUCAGCGUUUAAUUGCUUGCUUGAAGAAAAAAGGGUGUGCUUUUAAACGUGUGCAUUUCUAAAUUUGUUUCUCUAAAUGUAUAUUUUUAAUAAACUUGGCUACUUGCUGGAACUGAGUUUGGUUGUGUUUUUAUUUUUUCUCUUCUCUCCCCUCAAUCCUUUGACUUGUUC